AUGUCUACACAAGAGAAGGCAGGCCUGCUUCCCGAGGACGACUCCGAAAACAGGCUGUCGAGACUCCCCACUCAGGAAGAUGUCACGGUUGGAGAGGAAGUCCCAAAACCGGUCUACAGCAAUGUCUAUGGACAUAUGGACUUGACUGGUGGCGGAUUGAGCACACAAGCAACAAUAACAGCCGACGGACGAGUCGAUAUCGACAUCAAAGGGCGUACUUCGUGGCUGCAGUCUGCUUUUAAACUGCCUGCAUUUAAGCCUUCAUCUACCACCGAACCGCCGCCUCCCUACGUCCCCCCGUCACUCCAAAAAGGCGCGGGUAAAGAAAUACCCCGCUUGAAUAUCGUCAUACACGUGGUUGGAUCUCGAGGUGAUGUGCAGCCAUUUAUUGCACUGGGUCAGGUUUUAAAGCGCGACCACGGACAUCGAGUUCGGUUGGCCACUCAUCCAACCUUUCAACUGUUUGUGGAAGAGAAUGGGCUUGAGUUCUUCAGCAUCGGAGGCGAUCCGGCGGAACUCAUGGCUUUCAUGGUCAAGAACCCUGGUCUCAUGCCCGGAAUUGAUGCACUGAAGAAUGGCGAUAUUAGCAGACGGCGGUUUGAAAUUGCAGAGAUCGUUUCAGGUUGCUGGAGGUCGUGCUUUGAGGCUGGUGAUGGCACAGGCGUGCCAGUCUCAGAUCAAAAUGCUGAUUUGCGAAACUUCCAAGGCACAUCACCGCCGUUUGUUGCAGAUGCGAUUAUUGCAAACCCGCCUAGUUUCGCGCAUGUUCAUUGUGCUGAGAAAUUGGGAAUACCAUUACAUAUGAUGUUCACUAUGCCAUGGUCACCCACACAAGCCUUCCCACAUCCUCUCGCCAGCAUCGGCCAUUCGAAUGCAGACCCUGGUAUUUCUAAUUAUGUGACUUACGCUUUGGUAGAAAUGUUGACCUGGCAAGGACUGGGUGAUAUCAUCAAUCGGUUCCGUGAGAAGAGCUUAGGAUUGGAGCCAAUUAGUAUCGUGUGGGCACCAUCGAUGAUUCCCCGGAUGCGGAUUCCAUAUACAUACUGCUGGUCUCCUGCAUUGAUCCCUAAGCCCAAUGAUUGGGCCGGUCAUAUUGAUAUCUCUGGCUUCUACUUUCUGUCUCUUGCUUCGGAUUACACCCCACCGGAAGACCUGGCGGCCUUUCUUGCCGCCGGCCCCCCUCCGAUAUACAUAGGGUUUGGAUCUAUUGUAGUUGAUGAUCCGAACGAAAUGACAAGAUUGAUUUUCGACGCUGUUCGCAUUACCGGCCAGAGGACUCUGGUGUCAAAAGGAUGGGGUGGUCUCGGUGCUGAGGAACUUGGCAUGCCGGAUAAUGUGUACAUGAUUGGAAAUUGUCCUCAUGACUGGCUGUUCCAACGUGUCUCGUGUGUUGUUCACCAUGGAGGGGCUGGUACUACUGCCGCUGGAAUAGCAUUAGGCCGCCCCACGGUGGUCAUCCCUUUUUUCGGUGACCAGCCGUUUUGGGGUGCGAUGAUAGGCAAAGCCGGGGCAGGACCCAACCCAAUUCCAUACAAGCAGCUGACCGCUGAGAAGCUGGCAGCCGCUAUCAAACAUGCUUUGGAGCCAACCACUUUGGAAAAGGCAGCAGAACUUGGUGCCAGAAUUAGAGGCGAACAAGGCACUGAAGAGGGAGCACUCUCCUUCCAGCGACAACUGAAUGUGGACAAAAUGCGAUGCUCGUUGGCACCCGAACGAGUUGCAGUCUUCCGCCUCAAACGGACCAGAAUUAGACUCAGUGCUCUAGCAUUCACCAUUCUUAAUACCGAGGGUUUGGUUGAGUUGGAAGAUGUCAAGCUGUACCGGUCAAAGGAAUACAUGACCGAAGCUGAUCCCACGGACCCGGUCAUUGGAGGCGGUGUGGCCCUGCUUGGUAAUAUUGAAGGGUUUAUUAUGGGGUUUGCCGAUCUAUCACACGACCUCAAGCGCGGCUUCAAUACAAAAGCACCAGGAACACGGUCUCCACGGAGCGGUAGUAAACCCAGCAGUCGGGCCUCCUCGCCGGCUUCAAACAAAACGGAAGGAGUAGAGGAUGGACAGUCUAGAAAAUCAAUAUCUGAUUCGUCUACCUUAGUCUCGCCACGGCCAGACACUGACGGCGCCUCUGAAACUGGUUUAAGACAUAGGUCAGCGACUGUGACAACGGCACGGACAGACUUCACUUCUAGUAGCGGUAUUAGUAAUACCGGCUCUGAGACUCGACUGAAUCCAAAAAUUGAUCUAGAUGCAGUCGUCUCUGCCGGAAAGUCUGCAGCAAAGAUAUUCAAUCUUGGAUUUCGAGCCCCUGCUGAUUUUACUAUGGCCGUGGCGAAAGGCUUCCAUAAUGCACCAUUAUUGUAUCACGAUGAGACUGUGCGCGAAUCGCCUAAAGUGACGGGUAUCAAGAGCGGGUUGAAAGCAGCUGGCAUGCAAUUCGGAUACGGGUUCUACGAUGGAAUUUCAGGCCUUGCCACCCAACCGGUCCAGGGUGCGAAGAAAGAAGGCGCGGCGGGGGCUAUCAAGGGCUUUACUAAGGGUAUAGGUGGGUUGAUACUGAAGCCAGCUGCAGGUGUUUGGGCAUUGACGGGCUACACGCUGAGCGGCGUGUACAAGGAGAUUCAAAAGCGGUUUGGUGAAAGUGUUGAAAAUUACAUUAUGGCAUCACGAUUCGCUCAGGGAAUAUCUGAGGCUGCCUCUUGUACUGUGGCGGAGAAGGAUAGUAUCUUGCGACACUGGAAGCUCUUUGAACCGGAAUUUCUCAAGAAGAAAGCAGCGAGACUGGGUCUACCCAAGCCUCAAGACCAAGCUGCAAGCCCAACAGUUGCAACGAUAAGGAAAGCGGCAACAAUGAAAGAUGUGGAGAGAGAAGACAUGAUGUCGGACAGAAGUUCACUGGAAUCAGGGCAAGCGGCAGAUAGAGCGCGACGCAGACAAGCGCUUCGUGACGUUUUCCGUGGCCGCUCCAAUUCCUCGCCAUCUCGCUUUUCAAGACGGAGUCUGGAACUUCCAGUUGAGUACGAGGAGGCAAUCCAAAACUCUGUUCACGAGACGUCUCAGGGAGAUGCGACCGAGGACGAGAUGAUAGAACGAGCUCUAAGAGCGAGCAUGGUUGAACUGCAAGCCGCCGAAGCGGCCGGGGAGGAAGAACAGCAGGCGUACAAUCGUGCAUUAGAAGCCAGUAUUCGAGAAGCGGAGCGUAUGUUGGCCGAGCAGAAGAGGAGGAGGGAAGAUCUGUCUCCAAAUAGUAGAUUGCGUUUCAGUUCUAGAACUGUAGACGUUCUACAACAGCAUGGACGCCAACCCCCGGAAUUACCAGGGCGCAAACCAGAGAUGGAACCAUUGGACAGCGAUGAGGAUCCGGAUUUGCGGGCUGCACUAGUGGAGUCACGAGAAAGUUAUGAAGAAAGUAUUCGACGCGAGCAACGCGAAAAGUCGGAAUUGGAUAUGGUUAUAGAAUACGUGAAGCGGCAAAGCUUGGCCGAGUCAGAGUAUUCACAGCAGAAGCAAGAGACGUCUAGGGUGGAGGGUAAAAAUGACGCCGAUACGACAUGA